CCAAGGUGCUCGUAUUCUAUGACUGUAGAUCCAGAAUUUUGCUUUCCCAAAAAAAUUGACAGCGUACAUUCAUAUACACUGUUUCAGUCAAAUGACGAAAGUGGCUCGAGCGGAUCUCCCGAAGUUAAGAAGGAAGAAACGGAAAACUUCGGUGGCGUCAAGUGCUUCUCAUGCCAUAGAACGUCGGAUUACGGUAUCGUUUCAAGUUCAUUUGAACAGCCACGUUGUCAGGAGUGUUUCGAUGCGUUGAGAAAUCAAGCUGGAGCAUUGCCGGCUACGGUAAGACCAUUUCCUCCAUUAAGGAGCUCUACUAUCGGCGGUCUAUAG